AUGUGUUUUCUUCUCAAAUACAAUCUACUUUUCCAGAGCUACCUAGGAACUGAGAUGCAGUUCUCAGAACUCAUCAUGAAGUUAUGGACCGAUUUUGCGAAUACUGGUUCUCCUGCACCGUAUUGGCCAAAAUAUAAUAGGAUAGAGAGAAAGGCCUUAGUACUUGGCGAAGAGUCGAUCAGGGGUGAGCAUCGCGUUAUAACCGAUGUUCAUGGAACUCACUGCAGAUUGAUCGAGGAAGCUGAAACUGUGUCUGGUCAAGUAUCUGAGUGCCGAGCUCGUCGUACGCAACCAGCUGCUAUUCAAAGUGCCGAAAAUGGUGGUAACCGUCUUACUGCCACCGUAAUCGCUGUUAUAGUCGUUCUCGUUAAAGCGCUAAAUUGA